AUGGCGAAAGAAGAAGGACCUAACUGGGACGGACUGCUUAAGUGGAGUCUCUCUCAUUCCGAUGGUACUCGGCCUACUCGCCAGAUGAGCGAGGAGGAUCGAAAAUGGUUUGCAGAGGCGAUGCAAUCACAAACCGUAGAUGUAGUCAAACGAUUGAAGGAGAUUACACAGGUUAUGCAGACACCUCAACAAGUUUUGGAGGCCCAUCAAGUUACCUCUCAAGAUAUCCAAGAUUUGCUGGAUGAGUUGCAGGAUCAUGUUGAAUCUAUCGAUUUGGCUAAUGAUCUUCAUUCCAUUGGAGGCUUGGUGCCGCUUCUUGGCUAUCUCGAACACAGCAAUGCUGAAAUCCGGGCAAAGUCUGCAGAUGUCGUAAGCACAAUGGUUGAGAACAAUCCUCGGAGUCAACAGUCGGUUAUGGAGUGCAAUGGUUUGGAGUCAUUGCUUUUGAACUUUACUUCAGACAUAGAUAUGCAUUCUCGCACACAGGCGCUCGGUGCAAUAUCAUCUUUGAUUCGCAAUAAUAGCUCUGGGAUCGCCGGAUUUAGAACUGCAAAUGGUUACACUGGUUUAAGAGAUGCUUUGGAAUCUGACAGUGUGAGAUUUCAAAGGAAAGCUCUAAACUUGUUGCAUUAUCUUCUACAAGAGAAUGACUCAGACUGCGAUAUUGCUAUAGAGCUCGGGUUUCACGGUUUGUUGAUGCGCCUCGUGUCUAGCUCUGAUGCUGAUGUAAGAGAAGCUGCUCUCCGAGGACUGCUUGAUCUCACCAAAGAUAGAAAACACUGUAUUUGUGGUUCUACCAUUAAGAAAGAAGACAAUGAGAAACUGAGACAGAUUCUACAAGAGAGGAUCGAAGGAAUCAGCUUCAUGUCACCAGAAGAUCUCUCAGCGGCUAAAGAGGAGAGAGAGCUCUUAGAUUCACUUUGGAUCGCAUUCUAUAACGAACCUUCUUUUCUUUAG